CGGCCGGGUCAGGAACGCGCUCGGAACCAAAGCGCUCGCCCCGCCGGUCGGGCUGCGUUCCCAGCGCACCCAGGGGCGGGGCCUGGCCGGCCGGCCGGACGCGCGGGGUCAGCGUGAGCGGCGAGGCCGGGCGGCGGGCGGCGAGGGGCCGUGGCGGGCCGCCGGACCAUGCUGAGCGCAGGCAGGCUCGGCUCGGUGCUGCGGGGGACGCGCGCGCCGCCGCCGCCGCCGCCGUCGUGGUCCACGGUCGCCCGUAGGUGCCUGCGCGUGUCGGGGUCGCGGCCGGCGGCCGACGAGAGCGAGAGGCCCGGAGGGCCGCCCCACGCCUUCGACCCGGCGCUGCUGGCGUUCCUGGUGUGCCCGCUCUCCAAGAAGCCGCUCCGAUAUGACGCAUCGACAAAUGAAUUGAUUAAUGAAGAGUUGGGAAUAGCCUAUCCAAUUAUUGAUGGGAUCCCUAAUAUGAUACCACAGGCAGCUAGGAUGAUGACACCUCGAAAUAAGAAGCAAGAAGAUGUGGAGCAGCACUAGAUCACAAUUACAAACAA